CACACUUUAACUCAUUCCCACCAGCCCAAGGAUUAAAUACUGCCCAUGCUGGGGUCAGGGCUACAGCAGACCCUGAAAACAGAGUCCCCCUCCCCAAGUGAGGAGAAGCUGCAAGGGAAAGGGAGGGACAGAGGAGAGAAGGAAGGAGGGGCAGAACGGUCAGGCUGCUGUCCCCCUACAGAGCCAGCUCAGAUUCAGCGCUAGGAGCAACUCGGCUGCAGAAGCAACGGCAGCCCCUCUCCUCCAGUGGAGGACAGCAGGCAGACAGAGGCCCUGGGACUGGAAGUCCUCAGCCCCCAGCCGCUCGGCCGGGCCUGACCCCAUGGCCUUCAACGACCUCCUGCUGCAGUUGGGGGGCGUUGGCCGCUUCCAGCAAAUCCAGGUCACCCUGGUGGUCAUCCCCCUUCUCCUGAUGGCCUCCCACAACACCCUGCAGAACUACACGGCUGCCAUCCCCACCCACCACUGUCGCCCGCCUGCCGAUGCCAACCUCAGCAAGGAUGGGGAGCUGGAGGCCUGGCUGCCCCGGGACAAGCAAGGGCAGCCAGAAUCCUGCCUUCGCUUCACCUCCCCCCAGCAGACACCCCCCUUCCCCAAUGGCACAGAGACCAACAGCACGGGGGCCACCGAGCCGUGCACCGACGGCUGGAUCUACGACAACAGCACCUUCCCUUCCACCAUCGUGACCGAGUGGGACCUCGUGUGCCCUCACAGGGCCUUGCGCCAGCUGGCUCAGUCCUUGUACAUGGUAGGGGUGCUGCUCGGGGCCAUGGUGUUCGGGUACCUGGCAGACAGGCUGGGCCGUCGGAAGGUGCUGAUCCUGAACUACCUGCAGACUGCUGUGUCGGGAACCUGUGCUGCCUUCGCUCCCAAUUUCGCCCUCUACUGUGCCUUCCGGCUCCUCUCGGGCAUGUCACUGGCUGGCAUCGCCCUCAACUGCAUGACACUGAAUGUGGAGUGGAUGCCCAUCCACACACGGGCAUGUGUGGGCACCCUGAUCGGCUAUGUCUACAGCCUGGGUCAGUUUCUCCUGGCCGGGGUGGCCUACGCUGUGCCCCACUGGCGCCACCUGCAGCUGCUGGUCUCCGUCCCCUUUUUCGCCUUCUUCAUUUACUCCUGGUUCUUCAUCGAGUCAGCCCGCUGGUACUCCUCCUCAGGAAGGCUGGACCUCACGCUGAGGGCCCUGCAGAGAGUGGCCUGGAUCAAUGGGAAGCGGGACGAGGGGGCCAAGCUAAGUAUGGAGGUGCUCCGGGCCAGUCUGCAGAAGGAGCUGACCUUGAGCAAAGGCCAGGCCUCAGCCAUGGAGCUGCUGCGUUGCCCCACCCUUCGCCGCCUCUUCCUCUGCCUCUCCAUGCUGUGGUUUGCCACUAGUUUUGCAUAUUAUGGACUGGUCAUGGACCUGCAGGGCUUCGGGGUCAGCAUCUACCUGAUCCAGGUGAUCUUCGGUGCUGUGGAUCUGCCUGCCAAGCUCGUGGGCUUCCUGGUCAUCAACUCUCUGGGCCGCCGGCCUGCCCAGAUGGCCUCACUGUUGCUGGCCGGCAUCUGCAUCCUGGUCAACGCGGUGGUUCCCCGGGAUCAGUCCAUUGUCCGAACUUCCCUUGCUGUGCUGGGGAAGGGCUGCCUGGCUGCCUCCUUCAACUGCAUCUUCCUGUACACUGGAGAACUGUACCCCACAAUGAUCCGGCAGACAGGCCUGGGGAUGGGCAGCACCAUGGCCCGAGUGGGCAGCAUCGUGAGCCCGCUGGUGAGCAUGACCGCCGAGCUCUACCCCUCCCUGCCUCUCUUUAUCUACGGCGCGGUCCCCGUGGCUGCCAGCGCUGCCACUGCCCUCCUGCCAGAGUCCCUGGGCCAACCACUUCCGGACACGGUGCAGGACCUGGAGAACAGGAGAAGCGGGAAACGGAAACGACAGCAGCAAGAACAGCAGAAGCAGAUGGUGCCGCUCCAGGCCUCAGCAGGAGAAAAGAACAGACGCUGAGCACUACGAAGGGAGCCUAUGGAGUCCCUCCAGGGCCCU